GGGUUGCAGGAGGCGCAGGCCGAGAUGCUCGCCGACGUCUCGUCCGCGGCGGUGUUUAGGCUGAGUAAUUUCGAAUCCGGGACGCUGCGCACGGCCUUGCGCGUGCGGGGGCAGUGGGCCGAGUGGGCGGGCCGGCAAGGGCAGCCGGCGACGAGUCUGGCGCGGCAACCCAUGGCAGUCGCCGAGUUCGUGCAUAAGCUCUCGAUCGCACGGGCGUCCGGCGUCAGUGGAACCGUAGCACCGCCGGCCCAGGCCACUGUCGUCGAGUCCGAGAUGAUUUACCAUGUGAUCGAUUUCCUGGAUGGCGCGAGAACGCCUGGGCAAGUCAUGCUCGCGGCUGGGAUGCUGGCGGUGGUAUUCGCGUGGGUGAGGUACACGCACCUGCUGCGCUCUAGGCGGCUAGGUGGCGCGCGGUCCGCCGCUGACGCCUUGUGGGAUGGUUGGCACAAGUUGGCGGCGCGGGAAGAUCGAGCAGGAAGGGCUGUGCCGACGGGGCUCGUCUUCGAUCCAGUUUCCGGCGCGCCGGUGAAGAUGGGUGCCUUUAACCGAUCGCUGAAGGAAGUAUUCCGAGGCUCGCUAGCGGACGAUUCCCAGUUGGAUCUUGUGACUUCGUACAGUUUGCGCCGGGCUGGGCCUACAUGGGCGAGCGCGAUACAAUUGGACUGGGAAGCCCGAGUCAUCUCGGGCGGUUGGACGGAGGGGGGAGACAACCCCCGUCGGAACCAGAUGCCGAUCGUGUAUAAUGCGCGUCGGCGGCAAGCCGAGAUGUGCACGCGCCUGCACAUGGCCGGAGUGUUGUCGUGCCUGCGGACCGAUCUGGAGGCCCCAGCGCAGUGGGAGCAAGUGCGAUGCUGGGCGAGUUCUGCGCCAGGAAAAGUAAUGAUGGCCGACCUAGAGAAAGAGGCGCAGCAGCGGGUGGCGGUGUCGACCGUUCGUGAGAAGGCCGCGUUCUUGCCCCCGUCGGUCGUCGAGGAGUUGAGGCGGCAGAAGUUUCUCCGGAUAAUCGUG